AUGUCCUUCAGUGCUCUUAGAAACCCGCUCCGCAACACUGCGCGCAGGGCUACGCAGCUGCCAAAGGCCCAGUUCAGAGCGAACUUCAACCGCAAGUUCUCAACGCCGCCACCACCACCUGCGGCUGAGGCCAAGUCGUCGAGCACGGGUCUCUAUCUCGGGCUCGGAGCUGCCGCUGCCGCUGGUCUCGGGUACUACUUCUACUAUACGACGAGCGGGAAGGAAGCAGGAACGGCUGUGAGGUCGGCCGCGCAAGCUGCAAAGGUUAAGGCCAACUUCGUGCCCGCCAAGGAGGACUAUAUCAAGGUCUACAAUCGCAUUGCGCAGAUCCUUGACGAUGCUGGAGAGUACGACGAUGGCUCCUAUGGCCCCGUCCUCGUUCGUCUCGCCUGGCACGCGUCGGGUACCUACGAUAAGGAGUCCAAGACGGGUGGAAGCAACUACGCGACCAUGCGCUUCGACCCUGAGGCAGGCCAUGGCGCCAACGCCGGUCUGAAGGUCGCCCGCGACCUGAUGGAGAAGGUCAAGGAAGAGUUCCCGUGGAUUAGCUACGGCGAUCUGUGGACACUGGGUGGCGUUGCUGCUCUCCAGGAAAUGGCCGGCCCCAAGAUCCCCUGGCGCCCCGGUCGUAUCGACGGGUUCGCUGCACAGGCGACCCCCGACGGCCGUCUGCCCGACGCUACCCAGAGUGCCGACCAUCUCCGAAACAUCUUCUAUCGCAUGGGCUUCAACGAUCAGGAAAUUGUUGCGCUGUCUGGUGCUCAUGCGCUCGGGCGCUGCCACCGCGACCGCUCUGGAUUCGAGGGCCCCUGGACCUUCUCGCCCACGACGGUGACGAACGACUACUAUAGGCUGCUCUUCGACGAGAAGUGGGUGUGGAAGCGCUGGGACGGACCCAAGCAGCUUGAGGAUAAGAAAACCAAGUCGCUGAUGAUGUUGCCCACCGACUACGUCCUCGUCCAAGACAAGUCGUUCAAGAAGUAUGCCAAGGCGUACGCAGAGAGCCAGGACGUCUGGUUCAAGGACUUCUCCAAGGCCGUGUCAACCCUCUUCGAGCUCGGCGUGCCAGAGGAACAAUUCGUGACCAAGGAGCCUUGGAUCCUGCCUACCGUCGAGGAGCAGGCUGAGAAGAAGGAUUAA